AGCUAAAAGCUCAGUAGUUUUAGGAACUUGCUUGUUCUGAUAGAUACAAAUAAUCACAUUGAGCGAGGAAGAAGAAAAACAUGACGCCACGUGUGAUCAUUCCACAGGUGCGCGCGACAUGAAAGGAAGCGACGGAUACUUCUGAUUAGUUCUUUCAUGUUCCAUGGGAUGGAGGAGAACACAUCGGGCCUAACACACGCUCAGUAAACACGCACGUCUUUGAGCAGAAUAUGGCGCAGAAACUGAGUGAUGAGGAACUGCGGCAUUUGUACUCGUGGGUCGACAAAAUACCGCUGUCUCGUCCAAAGAGACACAUCACGAGAGACUUCAGCGACGGAGUGAUGACCGCUGAGGUUGUGAAACAUUUCUUCCCAAAGCUCGUUGAUCUGCACAACUACGCUCCUGCAAACUCCAGACCACAGAAGCUCAGUAACUGGAGAGUCCUCAACAGGAAGGUGUUUUCCAAGCUGAACUUUAAUGUGCCUGAAGAAACUGUGAACAAGAUUAUCAUCUGCUCUCCAGGAGUGAUAGAGCCAGUACUGUUCGCCCUGAAUGAGAAGAUUGAAAUUAAACUGGAGCAGACCAAAAGCAAUGCACUGGAAUCGGAAUUCAGUGACCCCAGGAAGUUUGGGAAAAAUUACACAGAACUUCAUCAGAGUGGAGAUAUUCAUCUGAGGGGAGACGGGAUGAAAAAAGAAUUGAGCAGAUUCAGCAACAGUCACAUGCAGCACAUGUUGCAGUUUCAGACAGACAUGGACCCAAUCGUCCUAAUGAGUCUGCAGGAGAAAGAGCAAGCGGUCAUGGCUUUGCAGGAGACUGUGGAGGUCUUACAGCUCAAAGUGAACAAGUUAGAGCACCUGCUUCACCUCAAGGACAUGCGCAUCGAAGAGCUCACCCAGCACCUGGGGUCAUGCAGAGCCAGCGGUGAUCGGAACUGAUGCCCACACGGACAAUAUCAGGAAUCAUUUCAAAGAAAAAAUAGUAUUCACUUAAAAUAGUGAUUAAUAAGCCGUGAUUAACUAGAUUAAAUGAUCAAAAAAAUAGUUAGCUCAUGGUGUUUUAUGACAAUGUUUUUUUAUUCCUUAUUUCUUUGGUGUUUACAGCUGUUAAUGUUGCAUUACUGCUCAUUUAUUAUCUCCUAUCCUCAUCCCUCUCUCCCUGUUCUCCUUUAUUGUCCAAAUAUUUACAAACCAAAUGCAUGCGCGUCUUCUAGAAUACAGUGUGGUGUCAAACACAAUUCCAACCACAAAGACUGUGGUUUCUGUUUGUCGACUAUUAUUUCCUUUGCGAUUUGUGAAGUCCUGUUAGUGAUAAUAGUUUGUGAAUACACUU